AUGGAGAAAAAUUAAGACCCAGACUCCUUCCUGAAGUCUGUGCGUCUCCAGCGCCUGCCCUCAUCCUCAUCAGAGAUGGGAAGCCAGGACGUGUCCCCUCUCCAGGAGACCAGCAAGGACCCCUUUUCUGGAGACUGCAGGUGCCGGCAGGAUGGGCUGACCGUCAUCAUCACCGCCUGCCUGACCUUCGCCACAGGGGUCACAGUGGCCCUGAUCAUGCAGAUCUAUUUUGGAGACCCUCAGAUCUUCCACCGUGGCGCCGUGGUCACGGAUGCUGCCCGGUGCACAGCCCUGGGCAUAGAGGUGCUCAACAAGCAGGGCUCCUCGGUAGACGCAGCCAUCGCCUCAGCCCUCUGCGCAGGAAUUGUCAACCCCCACACGUCAGGCAUUGGCGGGGGUGGCGUGAUGCUGGUCCACGACAUCCGGAAGAACAGGAGCUGGGUGAUCGACUUCCGCGGGGUGGCUCCUCUGGGCAUCCCACUGGAGGGGGACCUGCAGAAGGACACCAAGCCUGGUCUGCUUGUAGGGGUGCCAGGCACGAUACAAGGAAUGCACCGGGCGCACCAGUUGCACGGGAGGCUCCCGUGGUCCGAGCUGCUGGGCCUGGCAGCCGGUGUUGCCCAGGAGGGGUUCAACGUCACACACGAUUUGGCCAAAGCCGUAAGUGAACUGAAGAACCUGAACUACUCUGACAAAUUUCGGGAGAUCUUCCUGCCGGACGGCCAGCCCUUGCUGCCUGGGAUGUUCGUCAGGCGCCUGGACCUCGCAGCUGUGCUGGAGCUGGUGGGGGCAGAAGGGCUGUCAGCUUUCUACAGCGGAAACCUGACCCAGGAGAUAAUCUCCGAGGUCCACAACUACGGAGGAGUCUUGGUGGAGGAAGACUUCAGCAAUUACAGUGUCACAGUGGAGAGUCCCGUCCACACGGUCUAUCAAGGUCACCUUGUUUUCAGUCCCCCACCUCCCCAUGCAGGUCCUGCGCUGCUCACAGCACUGAACAUCCUCGAGGGCUUUAACAUCACAAGUCAAGUAUCCAGAGGGAAUAUCUUGCACUGGAUGGCAGAGACACUAAAAAUAGCCCUGAGCCUAGCUAGCAACCUGGGAGACCCAUCCGAUGACGUGUCCGUCGCUCAUGCUGCAGAAGGCAUGGUGAGUAAAUCUGAAGCCAAUUCCCUGCGCCAGCUGAUUAAUGACUCCCAGUCCUUCUCGUCUGAUCUCCGCGUGCCUCACUUCUCUGUGGAGAGCAGACCUGCUGCCAGCCAGGUCCUUGUCAUGGGACCUGAUGACUUCAUUGUUGCAGUUGUGAGUUCUUUGAAUCGUCCCUUUGGCAGUGGAAUAAUAACACCCUCUGGAGUCCUCCUGAACAGCCAGAUGUUGGAUUUCUCCUGGCAGAAUAAAACAAUGAACCACUCAAUUCCCAGGCUGCAAAACCUCAUUGAGCCUCGGAAGCGGCCCCUGUCUUUCCUGUUGCCCACCAUCGUGAGGCCAUCCGAGGGGAUGUGUGGGACGUACCUGUGCCUGGGAGCUACCAACGGGGACCGAGCCCUGAGCGGCAUCGUUCAGGUUUUGGUAAAUGUUUUAACGUUUAACAAGAAUCUGAGUGAAAGUCUGGCACUUGGACGACUUCACCCACAGCUUCAGUCCAACACCGUGGAGGUUGACAGUGAGUUUCCUGAAGAAGACAUUGAAUUGCUUGUGGCCAGGGGCCAUCGAGUGGAAAAAGUCAAAGUAGUCUCCCUAGUUCACGGGGCCAGGAGAACCAACAGCUUCAUCAUUGGCCUGAAGGACCCCAGGAGCGCGGAUGCUGCCGAAGCCACGAUUUUGUAG